AACUACAAAACACUCAAGAUGACACAGUCAGUAAAUAGCAUCCCUUAAAUGCAGAGCUUUCUGACUUCACUAACCCUUCAGACUCGCAGCUAUUAGUGGAGUGAACAGCCGCUGGGCUCUGUGAAGAUCCUUACUGGAAGGCAGCAUGUCCAAUUUUAACUUGAGAAAAACUCCUCCCACAGGAAAUGAUAUGAAGAGUACCACUCAGGGGAGCACACUGAGGCAGCAGGGUUUUCUUGAGAUGAACAAAAGGAGGACUUUCUUACAGGAUAACAGCUGGAUAAAGAAACGUCCUGAAGAAGAAAGAGAUGAAAAUUAUGGUAGGGUGGUGCUCACCCGACAUAACUCCCAUGAUGCUUUGGACAGGAAAGCAAAUGAGAGAGAUGUGCCAAAAGCCACAAUUAGUCGGUACAGAUCUGAUGACACUUUGGACAGGAUCUCAGACAGAAAUGAUGCCACUAAAACAUAUAAGGCCAAUACCUUGGAUAACCGACUAACCAAUAGAAACGGGUCCACAUUUAGAUCACCGGAAGUAACAAAGAAGCAGCCCGGAGGUUUGUUGAUUGCAAACACCGCCAGCAACCCAGCUUCUCCCUCUGCGGCUACUCCUGUAAAGAAAAAGAGACAGUCCUGGUUCCCACCCCCCCCUCCAGGUUAUAAGGCCACUCUAAGCACAGGAGCAAACAGAAGGGAACCAACUGUUCACCCUCCAAUACCUCCAAAGCCCAGUUCUCCUGUUUCAUCUCCUAACCAGCUAAGACGAGAUAAUAGGCAGAUAUGUCCACCUAAACCAGGUGUAUAUACAGAAACUAACAGAUCUGCUGAAAGAAAUAUAAGGAGUCAGGAUCUCGAGAACAUUGUCAAAGUGGACACCUCACUUCAGAAACCUGACAAGGGUGAAGAAUUAGAUAAUCUCAUCAAAAUGAACAAAAGCUUGAAUAGAAAUCAAGGUCUUGAUGGUCUCUUCAGAGCAAAUCUUAAGGCAGAGCAAACAGAAAAAAGAGCCAAAAGCCUUGAAAAUCUCAUCUUUGUGAAUACCCAGACAGACAAAGAUGGCAAAGGAAACCAAACUCUUGACAGUUUCAUUAAAGAAAAUCCCCGAACAGUCGAAAAUAACAAAGGAAACCAAGGCCUUGAAAGUCUUAUUAAAGUUAGUCAAAGGACUGACAAAAACGAGAAAGGAAGCCAAGGUCUCGAAACAAUUAUCAAAGCAAGCGCCAGGACAGAUAAAACUAGCAGAGGGGAUGAAGACCUUGAUAAUGUCAUCAAAGUGAAUCCCAAAGGAAGUGAAAAUACCACUGGAAAACAAGACCUCAGUGGGCUUCUUAAAGUGAAUUCCGAAACAAAUAAAAAUAUCAAGAGAGGACAGAGCCUUGACAAUCUCAUCCAAGUGACCCCUGAAGUAAACAGUAGUAACCCAAGUUCCAAAGACCUUGAUAACCUCAUCAAAGUGGAUUCAAGAACGGGAAAAAGUGUGCAAGGGGCCCAAAGUCUUGACAGCCUCAUCAAAGUGGCUCCUGAAACAAACAGAGCUAACCAAGGGAACAAAGACCUGGACAAUCUUAUCGAAGUGAUUCCCUCAGCAAACAAAUGCAGUGAACAAGGUCUUGAUGAUCUUAUUAGUGUAAGCCCCAAAGCUGUCAAAAACACGACUGGAAAUCAAGAUUUUGAUAAGCUCAUCAAAGUGAAUCCUGAAACUCUCACCAACAAUCGAAGAAACCAGGAUCUCAAUAACCUCAUCAAAGUGAAUCCUGCAGUAAUCGGAAGCAGUCAGAGCCAAAACUUGGACAAUCUUAUUAAAGUGAAACCUUCAGCUCUCAGAAACACAGAGCGAGACCAAGACCUGGAAAAGUUAAUUGAAGUAAAUUCCAAUUCUAAAAAUAAGAAUGGAAGGCUAGACAGCCAAGUCAAUGGAUCUACUGAUGCUUUAAACCACCAGUCCGCUGGAACCCCUGCCUAUUCUUACGAAGCCAGGAAGAAUCUCAGCUCCAGUGCUAAAACCAGGCACGCAGGACCAAAGGAUACUCUUGUGUACACAAUGACAUACAUGGAGAACAGUAAAUCACCAAAGGAUGGAUAUCAGGAGAAUUUCUCCGGAAAAUACAUACAAACUGUUUAUUCAACUUCAGAUAGGUCUGUCAUUGAAAGAGAUAUGUGCACUUACUGCCGAAAACCGUUGGGCAUAGAAACUAAAAUGAUUUUAGAUGAAUUACAAAUUUGCUGCCAUUCCACUUGCUUCAAGUGUGAAAUAUGCAAACGGCCUUUGGAAAACCUACAAGCAGGUGACAGCAUUUGGAUUUAUAGACAGACAAUACACUGCGAACCUUGCUACUCUAAAGUUGUGGCAAAGUGGAUUCAAUAAUUCUGACACAUGGACAUCAAGAUGAAAGCACUCAUUAAGGAAUUAAAAUUUUUAUUUUAAGAGUAUAUACUCGAAAAGCUUUUAACCCAAAGAAUGACUCUUGUAUAGAAUUAAUAAUUCUGCUAUUGCCUAAAUAAUCUAAUUGCCUUCAAUAAGAUCAUAUACAUAAAGGGAACCAUCUGGUAUCUAGCUAGAUUUAGUGAUCAAAAAUUCAAGUGGUUCCAAUUACCAAUGUGAAAGGAAUGAUGCUUCUGAUGGCAGUGAGCAUUGUCAACCUUAACCAGGUCCAUCUCUGCUUCAUAUUUAGGCUGUGUGCUAUGGUUUCCAUUAUAGACAAGUUCCUCAUUUUCUCACCUUUGUUUCCCCAAGAAUUUGGGUUUACGGAUGUUAUUGACAUCCUGACAAACUGUCAAGGAAGCAAGAUAUGUUUUCUUCAUGUGCAAAAGAAAUAUUGAAGGAAAUUUUCUUAUGAAGUUUAGCAAA